AUGUCUGAGCCUAGAGAGCAGUUCGAAGCGAAAGGUGUUCAUGCUGUCACGAGUAUUACAAGUGUUGGUUCACGGACUGAUGCUGCCGCUCAUGAUGUGGACAUUGAUGCUCUUGACUCUCAUGAUAUCGCUUUGACUGAUGUUGCGUUUAACCUUACAGCCGAACAAAAGUACUACGUCUUGAAGCGUCUCAACCUUGAUGUUUUGGAAUCGUAUGAUGACUUGCCUAUUGCAGCAACUUUUAUGUUAGAGAAGGUGUCUACUAUUACUAUUGAUGAAUCAUUGGAGAUCUGUAAAGAAUAUUUGAAGGAGCACAAGAAUGAUGUCAACAUUCCUACCGUCGAAUAUGACUUUAUCGAAGAACUUUACAACUUGGCUCCGGAACAUCUUGGCCACUCUAAUAUAGAAGGAUUCACUCCGCUCAACGAGAAGCAAGCAGCGCCUGGGGUGGUUACAGUUGAGAAAAAUACGUCUCUGGAUGACGACUUUUCACCAAGCAACGAGAAGGGUUACGUCGCUGAGAAAACCUUCCUGGGUAGUGAAGAUCAGUUUGCCCCUUCGGAAGGAAAAGCCGGUCAUGAUUUCGAAUCUUCUAUCUUCAAAGUUUUUGAUUGGAACUUCCAGAUUCGUACAGAGGCUACUAUGAUUGGUUACCACUCUCCUUAUCCAGAAGUGAGAUCGGUUACUAGUCCUUAUGACGACCCCAAUCUCCCAGUGGAGACUUUCAGAGUGUACCUUUUGGGAAUUAUUUGGAGUUCUAUCGGUUCGUUUGUCAAUCAGUUCUUUGCCGAAAGACAGCCCGGUAUCUCUUUGGGAACCUCUGUUGUCCAGCUUUUGCUUUAUCCUUCCGGUGAAUUAAUGGCUGCUAUUCUUCCUAAAAAGACGAUCAAAAUUUGGAAAUGGUCCAUUGAUUUGAACCCUGGUCCAUGGAACUACAAAGAACAGAUGUUGGCUACUAUUUUCUAUUCGGUGUCUGCUGGUAACCCUUACGUCUCCUUUAACAUCCAUGUGCAAAGACUUCCACAGUACUAUAACAACCAGUGGGCUGACUGGGGUUACCAAAUUUUGCUUGUUCUCUCCACCCAAUUUAUGGGCUUCGGUUUCGCUGGUCUUAUCAGAAAGUUUGCCGUUUAUCCUGUCAGAGCUAUGUGGCCUACACUUUUACCAACGCUUGCAUUGAAUAGGGCCUUGAUGCAGAAGGAGAAGAAAACGAAUAUCAACGGAUGGAAGAUUUCAAGAUAUUCUUUCUUCUUCUUGUUUUUCUCGAUCUCGUUCCUCUACUUUUGGGUGCCAACAUACCUUUUCGAAGCAUUGUCUUAUUUCAACUGGAUCACUUGGAUCGCUCCUUACAAUUUUGAUUUGAAUGUGGUGACGGGCCAUCUUUAUGGAUUGGGCUUAAACCCAAUUCCAACAUUUGACUGGAAUAUUAUCAGUUCUAACGGUGCCUUGGUGAUUCCCUUCUAUUCCCAAAUCAACAUGUAUAUUGGUAUGGUGAUCGGUUUCAUUUGCAUUAUUGGAGUCUACUACUCGAACUAUUAUUGGACUGCUUAUCUCCCCAUUAACACUUCCACCUUGUACAAUAACAGAGGUGAGAGAUAUCAAGUGCAUGAAGUGGUGAACGAGAGGUCAUUGUUCGAUGCUGAAAAGUACCAGGAAAUUGGACCACCAUUCUAUUCGGCUGCAAACUUAGUCGUUUACGGUACAUUUUUUGCCUUGUACCCUUUUGCAUUUAUCUAUGAAGUGGCCUUGAACUGGAGACCCAUGUGGGAUGCCAUAAAGAAUAUUGGUAGCUCCUUCAAGAAUUUCAGGAAGUCCAAUUUCGAUGGUUUUAAUGAUCCACAUACUGUGAUGAUGAAACAAUACAAGGAAGUCGCAGACUGGGUCUUCCUUAUCAUUUUGGUUAUUUCCAUUGUGUUGGCCAUUAUCUGUGUUCAAGUAUAUCCUGCCGAAACCCCUGUCUGGGGUAUUUUCUUUGCGCUUGGAAUGAAUUUCAUCUUCUUGAUUCCCCUUACUGCUAUCCAAGCAACUACAGGGUGGGGGUUUGGUCUUAAUGUGUUAGUAGAGUUGAUUGUUGGUUACGCUUUGCCAGGUAACGGUCUUGCUUUGAAUUUCAUUAAGGCUUUAGGUUACAACAUCAACGGUCAGGCUCAGAACUAUAUUACUGACCAAAAGAUGGGACAUUACGUGAAAGUUCCCCCAAGAGCACUUUUCCGUUGUCAGAUGCUCUCAGUGUUCAUUGCUUGUUUCAUUUCAUUGGCAGUCAUGAAUUUCAUGAUCGACAAUGUCGACGAUUACUGUACUCCUCAGAGUAAACAGAAGUUCUACUGCCCAAGCUCGAACGUCUUCUUUUCAGCCUCCGUCUUGUGGGGAACAAUUGGCCCCAAGAAAGUGUUUGGUGGCCUCUAUCCAUUGUUAGAAUGGUGCUUUUUGAUGGGUGCUCUCGCUCCUAUUCCAUGUCUUCUCUUCAAGAAAUAUGGUCCAAGGAAGAUCGCCAAGUACUUCCAGCCAUCUUUGAUUAUUGGAGGAAUUUUGAUUUAUGCUCCUUACAAUUUGUCGUACUAUACAGCGGGUGUUUACGCUUCAUUUGCUUUCAUGUACUACAUUAGAAGACAUUAUCAGGCAUGGUGGGAGAAGUAUAACUAUGUGUUAUCGGGAGCUUUGGACGCAGGCGUCGCUUUCAGCAGUAUCAUCAUUUUCUUUGCUGUUCAGUACAACGAGAAACCGCUUGUAUGGUGGGGUAACACUGUUUCAUAUGAGGGCAUUGAAGGUAGACAAGGCCGGCAAACAUUGAAGAACAUUUCAGAUGCGCCAGAUGGAUAUAUCGGUCCUCGUGUUGGCAACUUCCCAUGA